AUACCGUUGACGUUGUCAUAGGUAGGAAGGAAUUGAAGUCGUCUCUUUCUUUCUUGAAAGACCGUCGAAAGUGCGGUUUCUUUACGAUUAUUCAACAAGUUUUUUUUAUAAAAUGCAAUGCAAUAAUAAAGGGACAAAAAAUUUAAAUUCAAAAAGCUAAUUCAUAACUGUUUCAGAAAAUGUCCGCACUUGCUCACGAGAAAGUUUGGCUCGAAAGAACUGUCUUCAAUGAUGCUGAGAGGAAAUAUUACGAGUCUAAAUCUAAAGUACAAGUUCCUCUAGCACUAACUCAAUCUUCUUUGGCCAAUGAAGUGGCAAAGGCUAGACAGCACAUCAAAAAUUCUCUUGAGUGUAUGGACAGUGUUGCUACCUUAGCUGGUGCACCAAACCCUGAGAUUGCAAAUAGACUUGAUCGUCUUGAAAAAGAAAACACUUCUCUUAAGAAGACUAUUGAUGACUUAAGCAAUCUUAUAAUCAGCCUUCAAGUUAGAGUGGAAACAUUGGAAUCUACCAGCAAAUCCAGUAUUGAAAUUCCAAAAGUAAGACAGUAUUUACGUUUAUCUAUUCAAAAAUACUCCUUUUAUUUAUAUAUAAAAGUGCAGUAUUGAUUGUACAAGAGUUUUUAUUUACUUGUAAAAUUUUCAAAUGUUUUAGCCCACAUCAACCACAGCUCCAGUUACAAAAACUGAAGAUUCUGAUGAUGGUGUAGACUUAUUUGGAUCUGAUGACGAAGAAGAGAACGAAGCAGCAGCAAAAUUAAGAGAGGAACGAUUAGCUGCAUAUAACGCAAAGAAGGCUAAAAAACCUGUUCUUAUUGCUAAGUCAAAUAUUAUCCUGGAUGUAAAACCAUGGGAUGAUGAGACUGAUAUGACUGCUAUGGAACAGGCAGUGAGACAAAUCACUACAGAUGGUCUCCUAUGGGGUGCUGCAAAAUUGGUGCCCCUGGCUUAUGGCAUUCAUAAACUGCAGAUUUCUUGUGUUGUAGAAGAUGAUAAAGUGUCUAUAGAUUGGUUGACUGAAGAAAUAGAAAAACUGGAAGACUUUGUACAAAGUGUCGAUAUAGCUGCUUUUAAUAAAGUUUAAAAUGACAAAUAAAUUUCAUUGUUGAUAAUAUAACUUUUACAUUUAUUUUCACUAGCUUUAUGCCAGUGGCUUUGUUCUGUAUUAUACGAUAGUA